GUCAAAGGCCGCCUUUGGCACUACGAUGUUCUUGAGUUAAUUUUCAGAAGGCAGAAACUAGUGAGUUGCGCUAACUUGACGUGCACUUUAAGAGAUCGGUAUCGUGACGUAACACCUCUAGAAGAACAUUUGAACCGCCCCGUUUUUAAACAGAGAGGGCGUCCUUUCAUUGGUUGACAUGGGUCACUUGAUCAACGGUCGCGGGAAGCAUGGUAUUCAGUGUUGGACAGGGGAGUGAGCCAGCAUUCAAACUACAUGGCUAGCAAGUUAGCUGCGUUGCUAAUUUAGUAAACAAACACAGACGUUCACGUGCCGUCAAAUGCUUUAUUUUAUAUACGAUGUGAUUGUUACUGGGGUUUGAUUUAAACAAUAUUAACUCGAAUUUUAUAAAGGGCUAUUCUGGGCAUUAUCACCGUAAUCGAGAUGCACCGAAGUUCAGCCAUUUUCAUUUCAGUGUAGCAUGGUAAGGGGCGUGUUGCUCGUCGCAUCGAUACGCAUUUCGAAUGACUGGCAGUCGCAGGAGGACACAUUCUAGAUUGCUAACUUAUAAUUAGGCAAUUAAAUUACAUUUGGCAAACGUUGAUAUUGGCAACCUGCAGUAUGUGCAGUGAUGCUGAACGUUUGUCAGAAAUAAGUUAUAUGUCGGUAUUUUAUUUUUAUUUGUUUCAUAUUUUUAAAAUACUGUGCAAGCUAGUUUCGGUUGGUCUUUUUUGCUUAAAUUUGUAUUUUGGUUUGAUAGACAGUUUAGAGAAGUCACCCCCCCCCCCCUAUUUUCUUUACGCGUGACAGUUGAAGUUACACUGCAGCGCUUUAUUGAUUUGUGAAAAUGAGUCUAAGUUCUCGACGGCUCGGUAGCUUGUCUCCUAAAAUGGGGGCAAUCCGACAAAAGUUACAGUUUUCUGCGAGCGAUGGAGAAGAUGAUCCGGUGGAAGACUGGAACAGCAGCACAGGGGCUGAGUCUGGAUUCACAGAAAUUGACUCUCCUCUUCCACUGCGACGAAAUAUGACGGGGAAGAGUAACGAUUCUGGGAGCAGUCCAUUGAACCAAACCGGAGAGGACGACAGUGUCGAAUUCUGGGACGAGGAAGGAUUUCUGACCCCGUCCCCUGUGAAACAACCGAGUCUUUUCUCGAGGGGAUCACCGUCUCCAAGGAAAAGCCCUCGGAAUUCUGACCACACUUCACUGGAGAGAGUGUACCGCCGGGAAGACCGAGAAGGUUCGAGUUCUCCCGUUCCCGAUUGUCCGGACACACCACCCCAUAAAACAUUGAGAAAGCUUCGACUCUUUGAUACACCGCACACUCCAAAGAGUUUGCUGUCCAAAGCCAGGACAGCUGCUGUGGAGUCCACCAGCAGGAGAAUAGCCCUCUUCAAGAAUGUGGAUUCCUCAGGAAAACCUAACACGGACUACAAGAGGAAAGAAACCCCGCUGGUCAACAUCAACCCUUUCACCCCGGACUCCUUACUUAUCCAUUCCGCAACUCAAAAAAUCAGUAGGAAGCGAACUCUUUGGGAUGACUCCUGCGGGGAGGAUAUGGAAGCCAGUGAUGCUGAUCUUCAGGAGGAAAUCAUUCCCCCAUCGAAGAGGGCAACGAUGAUGGAAAGUAACAUGACGUCCAGGUAUGCCUCUGAGUUCCAUGAGCUGGAGAAAAUCGGCUCGGGCGAGUUUGGGUCUGUGUUCAAGUGCGUGAAAAGGCUUGACGGCUGUGUCUACGCUGUCAAACGCUCCAAGAAGCCCCUGGCAGGAUCUGUGGAUGAGCAGAAUGCGCUUCGGGAGGUUUACGCCCAUGCAGUGCUGGGACAGCACCCCCACGUGGUCAGGUACUAUUCUGCCUGGGCAGAAGAUGACCACAUGCUGAUACAGAAUGAGUACUGCAAUGGCGGCACGCUCUCUGACAUCAUUGCAGAGAACUACAGAAGCAUGCGCUUCCCGUCAGAACUGGAGCUGAAGGACCUGCUCCUGCAGGUGGCCAGAGGCCUCCGGUACAUCCACUCCAUGUGCCUGGUGCAUAUGGACAUCAAGCCGAGCAACAUCUUCAUAUCUCGAAAUUCUGCUGCUUGUGUGGAUGAGUGUGAGGAGGAUGAAGUCCUGGCCACCAGUGUAGUGUAUAAAAUCGGUGAUCUUGGACAUGUGACCAGGGUGAGCGAUCCUCAGGUGGAAGAGGGUGAUAGCAGGUUUUUGGCUAAUGAGGUCCUCCAAGAGGACUACAGAGACCUCACAAAAGCAGAUAUCUUCGCCCUGGCACUGACAGUGAUCAGUGCGUCUGGGGCUGAACCAAUGCCCUCCAAUGGCGACAAGUGGCAUGACAUCCGGCAGGGAAGGCUACCACCCAUUCCACAAGUUCUCUCUGAGGAGUUCCUAAGCUUGCUGAUGCUGAUGAUUCACCCAGACUCUGAGAGGAGGCCGUCCGCCUCCAGCCUGAUUAAGCACCCUGUCCUGCUCACAGCCUCCAAGAUGAGUGCUAAUCAGCUGCGACAGGAACUCACCGCCGAGAAGUUCAAAAAUGCCCUGCUACAGAAGGAGCUGAGGAAGGCUCAGAUGGCCAAGGAAGUGGCGGAGGAGAAGGUUUUGCACACAGACGGGGUGCUGACACGCUCCACCCUUCAGUCCAGCAGCAGGACAUCUCGGCUCAUAGGCAAGAAGAUGAACCGCUCUGUCAGCCUGACCAUUUACUGACCGAAGCACACAGCAACACCCCUGGGCAGGGAAACGCACAAACUCAAAAGCCCUCGACCUGGAAGACUCCUCAAACUGCAGCAUCCAACUGCUUGGAGAUUUUGGUAUUUCUUGUACGGUUGGGUACUUGUUUUUUUAUAUAAUAUGUAUAAAAACAAAAUUGAAGCUUGCCCUGCAACCACAGACAUGCACGCAUGUCACAGUGAAGACGUUGUGCUGUCUCUCUGCGCCUGAAAGCUCCUGAAACAGCUGUGUUGCUCUCUAAUGUAGUACUUUUGUUCAGCAGCAUGUCUCUAUUCUGGGAAUAAAGGACAGCAGCUAUCUGCACCUUAACAGCCAAUAAAAUACCUGAGGUCAGGUAAAAACACUGGGUCAUUGGGUAAGUUUUAAUUGAGCACUUUGAAGGCAGUGUUUUAGCUUGCCAGGAAAAAUAUCUGCUGCUAUGAUUGUUUUGUUUGUAAUUGAAGCUGGUGUUGGUGGAUUGUAACUUUUAAUAUAAGUAUUUUUAAAUCCUUUUAAUAAGUUGCUCCCUAAUCCACACACAUCUGUGUUGUCCAUUUGGUUUAAUAUCAUUUUUCACACUAUGGUAUAAUUUUAUGCAUUUUUUUAAAUGUACAUUUGAAAAAUGUAUUCAUUUUGAUUUGAACAUGGUUUGCUCUCAGAUGAUGGAAAAUUAAGUUGACAAAAAGGAAUCAUGGAAUGUGAUGAAAACUGUUUGUGUUCAUCCUUCCAACUGGAAUUACGGAAUAUUUUACCUCCUUCAGAAAAGUUACAUCAAUACUCCUGGCCGGAAGUAAAAAUGAAUAAAUAAAAAAAAAUCGAAAUCUCCAACCCUGCCUGUAGCAUUAAGGGAAAUCCAUAGUUUCAGUCCAAUUUCUAUGUACAAUAUAUUUCUGGUAUUUGAAUAAUGGAUCCUGUGCUGGUUGUGCACUGCCAGUGCAUCGGCUACUUUAAAGCUUUUUGUUUGUUCUCAUUGUGUUGUCAGUUAUCUUCACAGUUGUUUUGUGUUAUUCUAGCUUGUGCAUGUUCUUUUUUUUGUAAUAAAUUGAAAAUGAACUCAU